UUUUAUAUGUGCUUUGAUCACAUUUACUGCUUUAUCCAUGUUGGAGAUUGCAGCAACAUUAUCCCAUAGUUCACAUACUGCUGCAAUAUCGAACUUUUUGACAAAAGAACAAAAGUAUGGAAAUGUGCACCCAAUUCAGCUACUUGCAGUGGACAUACCUGAAAGAGUUGCAAGAGCAUUAUCCCAUAGUUCACAUAUUGACAAAAGAACAAAA